AUGCUCGUGACGCAAUCCAAUGUGCGACAGAAACGGCACAGAAAUACUACGUCACACCGGGAUGCUGGUGACUGGUUAGCAGCCAACAUGGAAGUAAAGCAGAAUGCAGAGUGGGGGGCUCCUGGAUCUGUCAAAGAAAUGCUGCGAGACGAAUGUUAUACAGAUUUUCUUAAAGAUGAAUUUGAUGUUAAAAUCUACACAUCUCAAUCCAUUCAUCAAGCUGUGAUAGCUGAACAAUUAGCAAAAUUGGCUCAAGGUAUCAGUCAGCUUGAUAAAGAACUUCAUUUGCAGGUAGUAGCAAGGCAUGAAGACCUUUUAGCACAAGCAACAGGGAUUGAGUCUUUAGAAGGAGUUCUUCAGAUGAUGCAGACUAGAAUUGCAGCUUUGCAAAGUGCAAUUGAUAGAAUCAGAACAAAAAUUGUGGAUCCGUAUAACAAAAUUGUGUCACGUACUGCACAACUGGCACGUCUGCAGUCUGCUUGUGAUUUGCUUCGAAGAAUUAUACGGAUUUUGUAUCUCAGCAAGAGACUUCAAGGUCAGCUGCAGGGUGGAAGCCGGGAGAUCACAAAAGCCGCUCAAAGUCUCAAUGAACUGGAUUACCUUUCCCAAGGAAUGGAUCUGUCAGGAAUAGAAGUGAUUGAAAAUGAUCUGCUUUUCAUAGCUCGAGCCCGCCUUGAGAUUGAAAAUCAAGCCAAGCGGUUACUGGAGCAAGGAGUUGAAACACAGAAUCCAACACAGGUUGGAACAGCACUUCAAGUUUUCUACAAUCUUGGGGCACUGAAAGAUAUCAUCACUACUGUUGUGGAUGGCUACUGUACAACUUUAAAUGAAAAUAUCAGCAAUGCAUUGGAUAUCAAGAUUUUAACCCAGACAUCACAAGCAGUACAAAGAGGAGCACCAGGACGAGCUGCUAUGCCUUCACCAGGAAACACUGCUGCUUUCAGAGCUGCUCUUUGGACAAAUAUGGAAAAAUUAAUGGACCAAAUUUAUGCUUCAUGUGUCCAGGUUCAGCAUCUUCAGAAAGUCUUGACAAAGAAGAGAGACCCUGUGUCCCAUGUGUGCUUCAUUGAUGAAAUAGCAAAGGAUGGGCAUUCAGAUAUCCUGUAUAAAUUUUGGAGUUCUGUUACUCAAAUCCUUUGCUGUCAGUUUGAGAAAGCAACAAACUUCUCGAUGUUCCUGAAACAGGCCUUUGAAGGAGAAUACCCUAAAUUGCUAAGACUGUACAAUGAUUUGUGGAAGCGUCUUCAACAGUACAGUCAGAAUUUACAAGGCUCAUUUUCAAACAGUGGGAACUCGGAUCUCAUUCCAGACCUGCAACAACCUGAAGAUGAUGCACAGGAUAUCUUUAUGACAAAGAAGCAAGAUGUGGAUCCAGAAAAGAUGCUGAAGGACUCACUUCAACCUUAUGAAGCUGCUUACUUAUCCAAAUCAUUAUCCCGUCUAUUUGAUCCAAUUAAUCUAGUCUUUCCACCUGGUGGUCGUAACCCCCCUUCAGCAGAUGAGCUUGACAGCAUCAUAAAAACUAUUGCAAGUGAAAUGAAUGUGGCUGUUGUGGAUCCAAGCCUUUCCUCUGCUGUCUCUAAAAAUAUAGCAAAGACAAUUCAACUUUAUGGUGUUAAAUCUGAACAGCUUUUAUCCACACAAGGAGAUGCAAGCCAGGUGAUUGGACCUCUUACUGAAGGGCAACGAAGAAAUGUGGCAGUAGUGAAUUCACUCUAUAGGCUGCACCAGUCCAUCCGAAAGGUUAUAUCCGGUCAGAGUUCACUCGCAACGUCUGCUGAACAGAUCAUUUCUUCUGCCCUAAAGAUAAUUUUUAACCUUAUGGGAAAUGCUGUCCAGCCAUUACUGAAUUCUGUUGCAGACUCUGUAGAAGCAAUCAUUAUAACUAUGCACCAAGAAGACUUUGCUGGCAACCUGUCGAACACAGGAAAGCCAGACGUGCCAUGCUCUUUGUAUAUGAAAGAAUUGCAAGGGUUUAUAGCACGAGUUAUGAGUGACUACUUCCGACACUUUGAGUGUUUGGACUUUGUCUAUGACAACACAGAAGCAAUUGCUCAAAGAGCCAUUGAAGUCUUUAUCCGCAAUGCAAGUCUACUAAGACCCCUUGGGGAAGGUGGAAAAAUGAGACUAGCAGCUGAUUUUGCACAGAUGGAACUGGCAGUGGCUCCUUUAUGCAGGAGAGUUGCAGAUCUUGGAAAAUCAUAUCGGCUGUUGCGUUCUUUCAGGCCUUUGCUGUUCCAGACCAGUGAACAUAUCGCCAGCAGCUCUUCUGUGGGAGACCUCAUCCCAUACAGUGUCAUUCUGCAGUUCCUUUUCACAAGGGCCCCCCCAGACUUGAAGUCCCCAUACCAGAGAGCAGAAUGGUCCAUUGCCCGUUACUCCCAGUGGCUGGAUGAUCACCCAAUGGAAAAAGACCGGCUGCUUCUUAUCAAAGGAGCCCUUGAAGCCUACGUGCAGUCUGUAAAAGCCAGAGAUGGCAAGGAAUUUGCACCAGUCUAUCCCAUAAUGGUUCAAGUUCUUCAGAAAGCCAUGUCUUCCCUCCAGUAGCCUUUUUAAUAGUUAUUUCUACCUUUUCUUUCUAAUCUCUCUGGUCUUUCCAGUAGAAUGCAGUUGGAAGGAGCGAUUGUAUAGGAAAUCAGUUCCAUGGCCAGAGAUUGUAUCAAAUGAAAUUGCUGAUUUGGUUCCUACAGGGAAAGACAAAUGCUACUUUUUUUGUACACCUUAUUCUUUAACCCACAGGUUCAACAAGAACCAACUGCAAAGGCCACCCAUGCCCCUGUCUACUGACAAAUGAAUCAAGGGGGAAAUUGCAGAGGUUUCUGUCACUGGGCUAAAGCCAAUUUCAACUUCAGUGACCAAUGCCUAUUGAAGGCAGGAUCACACUGGUACAUGAACAUCAAACACUGCAUUUCCGCUCACUUCCCAAUGUAUCAGUACCAAAAUCAUUCCUCAGCCCUGGUGUGUGAGUUCAUAUGCUCUGAAACUGGAUCCAUAGUCAGUAGAUAGGAUCAUGGGGAACCUGUUUUACAUGCUAGUCGUCUUACAUUGGUCUUUUCUGUCACUUUCUGUUAAAAUAUUGUAAACGAACCAGUCAAAUACUAUGGUGAAGAUUGUGGUGAACAUUGGAACAAUCAUACUUGCAAAAGAUUGAUAAUAAACUUUCAUUACGACAAUA